AACACCCCGAGAUAUUAGGGUUUUUUUGCACAGUCAGAAGCUUGUAUGUUCGGUAUUUCAUAACAGUGAGAUAGUUCUAUAUAUAAAUAACAUCGAAGAAAUGUAUUUCUUAACGAUAUAUUUUGUCAUCGACUGAAGACGUGGAUCCAGGCUGGUUGUGUUUUCUCGUUCAUAGCAUGCUAUCUUUGCGGUGCCUAUCAGAUAAACAAUUGUCUUGAUAUUUUUAGCUGCCUGUUAGCUGGAAAUCUAAAUCGUUGCGACGCUUUUUAGAUUGUUGUUUACGGCACAGCAGCCGGUGAUUAUCUUGCUAUUUCGAAAGCUAGUUUUUCUGACAGUGAUAAUUGUCGCUUUCCAUGGUUGUUCAGCCGAGGGGAAUUUUCCUGUCGUUACUAGCUAGGACAUUACAUAAUGUGGCAGUAAGCUGUUGAUGUAGCUAGCACCACCAGCCUGUUUGUUAAAAAAUCAGUCUUUACCUGCCGCACCUGUCACAAACGUUUGGGUAGCAGCAGUAGUAUCUUACAAUGGGAAUCAAUAGGGUCUACCUUAGCAUAGCUUAUGCUACUUUCGGUACUGUGGUUGGAUUUUCGGCUUUCUUGGUCUGGAAUAUCGCGUUUAAACAGCCAUGGACAGCGGCCAUGGGAGGCCUCUCAGGAGUCUUAGCGUUCUGGGCUCUGGUGACACACAUCAUGUACCUGCAGGACUACUGGCGCACCUGGCUCAAAGGACUCAGGUUCUUCAUCGUUGUUGGUGUGGUCUUCUCAGCUUUGGCAGUGGCUGCCUUCAUCACCUUCCUAACUCUUGCCAUCACAAAGAAGCAAUCCUUUGCUGACCCGACCAGCCUCUACCUCUCCUGUGUGUGGAGCUUCCUGACUCUCAAAUGGUCCUUCCUCUUGGCCUUGUACUCGUACAGAUAUCGGCAGGAGUUUGCAGACAUCAGCAUCCUCAGCGAUUUCUAGUCAGUACUGAUUUUAUAGACUGUGAUGGACUUUGCGGGGUCUUAGCCUGGCAGCAGGAGCUGCUGGAAGAGCUUUUGUAACAUAGAAGAGGAAAACCACACAUGGAGAUGCACCUGCUUAACACGCUCUGUAUUUGUAUUGUAACUUGUUCUCCUACUUUUAAUGACCCACAUUCUAUAUUCCUGUAAGUCUAAACCCCAGAAGACUGGAAUGAACUGCUUGAGACUAUUUAUGAAGAGACAUUCAAAUGGAUUAUUAGAUAGGUUUUCUCUUGGGAUUGUUGAAUCUUAAAGCAACUAAUGUGUAUAUACAGUAAGGGAGUCCCUGCAAUAACAGGCUUUUCAUCUCAUGAUUCAUUGCUAAAAUGAAAGUGAAGAUAGUUUCCAAGCUUAAAUCUCACAAGUAAAACUAAAACUAAAACUGCCUAUCUAAAGCCACCCUGCUAAUACUAGCAUAUGGUGGAGUGCUUGAUUGAUUUUACUCAAAUGAUCUUUUUCAUAGUAACAGUUAGGAAAGACAAUGUUGAGUCAUUAGCUGUGUCCCAAUUCAGGGGAUGCAUCCUUCGAAGGCUGCAUUUGAAGAUCGAUGGUGUCGUAGCAAUGCGACAAAGUCACCCCAUUUCAAAGGCUCCUACAAAUGCGGUUGACAGAUGCUUCCUUCUUUUGCCGAGUAAGGCUCGAACUGGUGGAUCCUUGGUGGCCCACCCUUUGUGUGCCCUCAUGUGUGUUCAUUCAUUCACCAUUGAGGUCCUAAACUGACACUCUUAUGGAAACUUAACUGAAAUGUGAGUCGUGUGUACAAGACUAACAACAAUAAUGUCGUUUGUGCAAUAGUCAGAUCAUGCAGUUCCUUCAAAACCUGCUCAGUUACAAUGAGUUCCUUCCAGCCUGGCUUGAACAGAUGCUUCUCCUUAGAUGUCCAGCAAAUCUGAAAUGUCCUUGUGUCUCCACUGACCCCUACCGCUGUUGUUGCUCUCAUGUUACUGGGGCAUGAGAGGCUGUCUCUGAAUGAUGAUGACAGGUAAUAUGUGCAGAGGAGUGAGAAGGUAAAGAUACUCUACCGAAUUUCUUUUCAGCCACUAGAGUAUGGAUUGACAGUUGGUAGCCCCCGGGCUACAUCUGUCUCAUGAAGCCUUCCAUCCAGCCCGCAGUAUAUUAAUGAAAUCAAGAAAUAUAAGGAGGAAAAGAUGCUUUCUGCUAUUUAGAAUAUCUAACAUUUUUUAUUCCAAAACACCUAAAACAAUUGAGAUGGAAAUAAUUUUAUUAGGAAUGAUUUACUAACCCUAAAUAUGUUCAACUCGUGAGUUCUAAACACGUUAUAAAUCCAUCUGUCGUAUAAUUAGCAAGUAGCCUACACGCCCUGAUGUGGGACUCAGGUACAACUGAUCUGAGUUAUGUGGAGGAGGGGAAACAAUAUUCAGGCCACUUCAGCAGGUAAUGGCAAUGUAGCCUUAGUGUCUGCAAAGUUAGUCUUUUAUGUCCAUUCAUCAUUGGUUCAAAAGCAGUCUGAGAAAGCAGUUUUUAAUUCAGCCAAUGAUUUGAGUAAUUGUAGUCUCAUUUAGUUUUUUUAAAGAAAGCAGUUUUACUUUGUCAUUUCAUAAGAACUGAUUGGUUGAGUUGUAUAUCACGCCCAAAGAAAAGGAAUUUUGUGGAGUUGGUGCCUUUCAUUGUUUGAACCACCAGAGGGAGACAUGCUUUUUCUGUUGAGUCCUUUUGGAAAUUCUGACAUUCCUUUUUGAGAAAACACAAACGGAUUUGAUAAACGAUUGCACUUUAGUGUUGAGAUGUUGAUGCCAUUGUUUUGCACACAAACCCUGUUACAGUGGAACAAAGUCGGAUUUACACAUUGUAAUCUCCUCUGUCUCACCCUUUUUAAUGUUGAAAUGCACUAUGUGUAGCAUUUAUUUUACAUUUAGUAUGAAUCAUGUAAGUCAAGUUAAAACUGUUUUGUAAGUGGUUUAGCUCAAGCUGUAACACAUUUAUCAUAACACAUGUAAAAUAGUGUUUUCGUUGACGAGAGAAUGAAUGUGAGGAUGUUACAUGUAUAUAGAAACGGAACCAAUUAAAUAUGCUUUUAUUGUUGA